UUGACAAGUCAGCAAAAUUAUGGCAGUUGCAUUACGUAUCUAUCCAUUCUUCCAAUGAAGGAUGAUGUCUCUGCAUAUAAGCGGACAAAUCCAUCUAACCGUUUCAACAAGAAGAAUAGAUUCCAGCUCCUCCAUUUCCUCCAUAAAAAAUCCACAGCCAAAUAGAUAAGGAAAAUCCAACAAUGGGCAAACAAGACGAUACCGUUGCAUCGGCUGCCGCGGAAGGAUUCCAACUAGUAGGAUUCUCCAACUUUGUGAGAACCAAUCCCCGAUCCGACCGAUUUAAGGUCAAGCGCUUUCAUCAUGUGGAGUUCUGGUGUACAGAUGCUACUAAUACGGCACGCCGUUUUUCUUGGGGAUUGGGAAUGCCAAUCGUGGUUAAAUCUGAUAUCUCCACCGGCAACGUUACCCACGCUUCCUAUCUACUGCGCUCCGGCGACCUCAACUUCUUGUUUACUGCUCCCUACUCUCCGUCAAUUGCUGCCAUGGAGAAUUUAUCAAACACUGCCACGGCAUCAAUCCCCACCUUCAAUCACGAAGAUUGCCGCAAUUUCACCGCCAAGCAUGGGCUUGCAGUCCGAGCCAUCGCAUUAGAAGUGGAAGACGCUGUAAUUGCAUUCAACACUAGUGUGGCUCACGGUGCCCAACCCUCGGCAGAACCUAUAGCACUGGAUAAUCGUGCUGUUGUUGCAGAAGUUCAUUUAUACGGCGAUGUCGUUUUGAGAUACAUUAGUUAUUACAACUCAAACCCUAAUGAUGAUCAUGAUUGGUUUCUGCCAAAAUUUGAAGCAAUGGAUGAAUCGUCAUCAUUUUCGUUGGAUUACGGUAUUCGGCGAUUAGACCAUGCCGUCGGGAACGUACCGGAAUUAGCCCCCGCUGUUUCUUAUGUGAAAGCGUUCACCGGUUUCCAUGAAUUUGCUGAGUUCACGGCGGAGGAUGUAGGGACUAAUGAAAGCGGAUUGAACUCGGUGGUGUUGGCGAAUAACGAGGAGACGGUAUUGCUACCGCUGAAUGAGCCUGUGUUUGGCACCAAGAGGAAGAGUCAGAUACAGACAUACUUAGAGCAUAACGAAGGUGCAGGAGUACAACAUUUGGCGCUUGCCAGUGAAAAUAUAUUCAGAACCUUGAGAGAAAUGAGGAAGAGGAGCUGUAUUGGAGGCUUUGAGUUUAUGCCAUCUCCACCUCCAACAUAUUAUAAGAAUUUAAAGAACAGGGUAGGAGAUGUUUUGACUGAUGAUCAGAUUAAGGAGUGUGAGGAAUUGGGGAUUUUGGUGGAUAGGGAUGAUCAUGGGACCUUGCUCCAGAUUUUCACUAAGCCUCUGGGUGAUAGGCCAACCAUCUUUAUAGAGAUAAUUCAGAGAGUAGGGUGCAUGCUCAAGGAUGAGGCAGGGAAAGAAUAUCAGAAGGGUGGAUGUGGGGGAUUUGGGAAGGGAAACUUUUCGGAGCUAUUCAAGUCCAUUGAGGAGUACGAGAAGACACUUGAAGCCAAGCGGAUUGCAGAAGCAGCUUAAGCAUGGGUGUUUCACGGCAUCUCUGAAAGUGGUUCGAUGUACUUUUACCUUAUCUCUGAAACUCCUUAGAUAUACUAAUUUGAAUAGUUAGUGAAACUGAAUUGUAGAACAAGCCAACAGUUCUUCUGGGUGUUAUCAGUUUAAACAGAAAAAUCAUAUGUAUUAGCUUUGAUGAUCUAGUUAAAAGCUACAACUAAGUAGGGAAUGAUGUAUUUCAAAAAAAUAAAAAAAUAAAAAUAAAAACAAAAAAAAGGGGAUGGUGUGGUUCGAA